AAAACCCCAGUUUGGCGUUUGUAUUAGCAGAUAGAUUCAGAUUUCCAUAUGUAUACAAAGAAUCAUCAAAACUUGUUCUUGAUAUACUUCCAACAUUUCAUCAAACACAAUAUUUUCAACAACUUACACCACAAACUGGUCUUCUUCUCUUGAGUCGAUAUUUUGAAUAUGUAACAUCAAUUGGGAAAUUAAAAAGUUUCGAUGCACACUUAACAUUCGAACAUACCUGUGCAACACAAUUUUCUACAGAUAGAUUGACACAUGCUAAACAAUUAAAACAAGACUUUUCACAUAGAAUAACAAGUGCGCAAGUUCAUCCAAUUUUAGCACCAUCGAAAUGUUUUAAACUAUUUUUUGAAAUGAAUCAACAAAAUCCAAGUUUACAUUCUUGUGAGGAAUUAUUUUUUGAAAAAUAUUUAACAAAAAAUUUUUCUGAAUAUUUUGGAAAAUUCGAACCUUUGGAAA